AUGAGAGAGAUGCGUGGGAAGCUUAUACUUAUAGAAGGGCUGGAUCGCACGGGCAAGACUACGCAGGUGGAUGCGCUGGCGGAGAGGUUGCGUGGGUGUGGGCUUAAAGUUGUUGCAGCUAAGUUUCCGAACCGUGAGAGUGAGAUUGGGCAGCUGAUCAACCGGUACUUGACGAACCGGGACUUCCAGCUGCCGGACCAGGCUGUGCACUUGCUGUUCAGUGCGAACAGGUGGGAGUACAUCGAGGAGUUAAAGCAGCAGUUGAACGACGGAUACUGCGUGGUGCUGGACAGGUAUGUGUUCUCCGGAGUGGCGUACUCGGCGGCGAAGGGCACGCCCGGUAUGGACCUGCAGUGGUGCUUGCAGCCGGACAAGGGUCUCCUGAAGCCGGACCUGACGCUGUUCUUGACCAACGAGGACAGGGAGAGUAUAGCCAACAGAGCAGGGUUCGGGGAGGAGCGGUACGAGGACAGCGACUUCCAGUUGAAAGUGAAGCAGAAGUUCCACGAGGCCUUCCACGCAUAUUGCCAGGAGGGAGAACUGCGCACAGUCAACGUCACGGGCAAGGGCAUCGAGCAAGUGAGCGCGGAGAUAUGGGACGUAAUAGAGCCCUUGCUGCACGAAACACGCGCCACCAACGAGUUUAAGUACUUUUAA